GAUGCAACAUAACUCGAUUUUUCGUAAGUCUGAACUCACACACAUGUAAACAAAGACGUCAUCUGCAUACAGUGUGAUGACGUAUUUGUCAACUCCGCUCACCAACUAGUUCCCGUGCAAAAGUUGAUGGGUUUUAACGCCAUACGUCAGAAUGAUAGAACAAGAGUUCAUAAUAAUACUUUGGUUGCACUACCGCCCCCUACCUGCAGUUUGCUAAUCAAUUUACUUCUGUGCCAGAAAAUAAAAGGAAAUGUUGUUUGUCUGUAAUUAAUAAAUUAAAAUGAACAAUUUAAACUCUUCCCUGCGUUAAAUUUGUUAUUUAAGAUUUUUUUCAAAAGAAAAAAAUAAACAUAAAACUUGUUAUAUGUAAACAUUAAUACCUCCUCUUAUCCGUGUACCUGUGUAUUAUAUAUUUUGAUUCAUGUCAGUGAGAGUUGAAUGCACUUUGACUACUGUGCAUUUCCCAAAGUAGAUUUUAACAUGAAAAUAUCACAACACAUCACAGCGUCUGUUGGUUCGUGUCUUUUCUAAGUAUUAAAUCUGAACAUGAUCCGUCUGUUACAGGUACUGGACGCAUCCCGAACUCCAUACAUGUGUUUGGUCCGAAGCUGCAGUUAAAAAAAACAAACAAAAACAACAAAACAAAAAGAGAAAAAAGGGAAAUAAAAAGCCGAAAAUCAGAGGCUGCCACCGUCUGCUGCUGCUGCUGCUGCUGCUGCUGCCUUCACUGGCCUCUGUUCCUUUAAUAAACUCAUGCUUAUCUAGUGUAACAAAUGUCUCGCUGCCAUCAUCAAGUCCAGGCGAGGAGGGAGGAGUUUUUAAUGUUCAGUUUGUUCUGUGGAUCGAUGUCUGCUGGCAUCGCCUCUCUUCUCCUUUGCACCGUGCGUAACGCAGCAGUCAGCCACAGCGUCACAGCAGCAGCGGCACUCAGCCAGAGCCCGACGCCGAUCUUACGCGUACUCUCUUCACGGUUUCACCGCCGGGGGAAAAAGAAAGAAAGAAAGAAAGAAGGAAAGAAGGAAAGACAGAAAGAAACAGCCCGAGGGGCUGAGUGACACACGUCGAUCAGCAUAUGUACAGAAGCUGUGAUGGACAAAAGCGGAUGGUGAGAGGAGACGAUCAGCGCCGCGUCGGAAGAGGAGGAGGUGAAAGAAGAAGAAGAAGAAGAAGGAGAAGAAGCAUCUGUUUCCACUGAAACUGGAUUUUUCUGACAGUGAAACAGAGACUCAACUACUCCGAAAGCUGAAAUAAAGACUCUCUCUCUCUCUUUCUCUCGCUCUCUCUCUCUCUCUCUCACAGACACACACACACACACACUCUCUCUUCCUCCCUCUCUAUGCAUGGACCUUUAGAGACCGCAUUCACAUUUCACCUGGGCACAGGAGUGAACUGCGACUACACACUCAGAAAAUACGAGAGACAAUUCUAAAGAAUGCCUCGGAGGAAACAGCAGGCGCCUAAACGGGCUGCAGUAUACAUGCCUGAUGAAGACGCUGCUCUUCAGGAUUCCAUCACCGAGGAAGACGGAGACAAUGACACCCAGACUGAGGAGGAGUGUUCCGAGAAGACCAGCCCGAAGGUGUCCGAGGACAGAGAGCUGGACAACAAGAGCAACGUCACGUACAGCAACCAGAACUCUCCCAUCAGCGUGCUUUCUAAUCAAGAGGCAGAGCUGGAGUCGCACCUGAGCGACAGCAGCGACAGACUUUCAGACUUCAAAACCUCCUCGCCACCUGAGAGCCAGAGGGACGAGGAGAGCUGCAGCUCCAAGCUCAAAGACGAGAUGGGCAGCAGCCUGGAGAAAAUGAGGGCAGCCUAUGCAAACUUUCUGUCCGAUUCCUAUUGGACGGGCAUGGGAAUGAAUUUGAAAGUGGCCAAAAACACGAGCAAAGCCAACUGUGACAGCACCAACGGGAGCACCAAGACUGAGUUCGACUGGCACCAGGACGCUCUCUCCAAGACGCUACAGCAGACACUCUCACCCAAGCCCGUGUCCAAACCCAAUCUGUUCAGCUCCGUCCACCUCUACAGGCAAACCACCAAACCGUGUGCCUCUGUGUUCACUGGAGCCAGCAGAUUCCGCUGUAAGGACUGUAGCGCAGCCUACGACACUCUUGUGGAGCUGACGGUCCACAUGAACAAGAGUGGACACUACCAGGACAACAACCACAGCAAAGAAAGUAACUCCUCCGCCUCCUCUUCUAAAUCCAGGAAAAGGAAUUUGCAGGAUUUGGAGGGAAAGGAGGAUGCGCAAAAAGUUCUCAAGUGCAUGUUCUGUGGCCACUCUUUCGAUUCGCUCCAGGAUUUGAGUGUCCACAUGAUUAAAACUAAGCAUUACCAAAAAGUGCCUUUGAAAGAGCCAAUCCCAGUAAUCACACCCAAACUGUUGCAUCCAGCGAAGAAACGAGCCUUUGAAACAACACGACCGUGUUCCCCCGACUCCACGACUGGAGUGCCUGGCUUCACUGAGGCACAACGAGCUGCCACUAUUUCAAACGCUAACAGCAGCCGCUACGGCUAUCAGAACGGAGCCAGUUACACUUGGCAGUUUGAGACGUGCAAGUCUCAGAUUCUUAAAUGCAUGGAGUGUGGGAGCUCUCAUGACACGCUCCAGCAGCUCACCACACAUAUGAUGGUUACAGGGCACUUCAUCAAAGUCACAAACUCAGCCUCUAAAAAGGGUAAACAGUUAGCGCUUGACCCACUGGCCAUAGAGAAGAUGCAGGGUUUGGCUGAUCCUGCUGCCAGUGACAAUGAGGGAGAAAAGGUUUCUCCAAAAACUGAGUCCCCCGGGGUGAGUGAGAGGGAUAGCCAGGGGGAAGGCACAUCAGACAAAAUGGAGGAAACAGGAGCUAGGGAUGACAAGCAGAGUGAAGAUCAAAAACCAGACAAAAGGUCUUUUAAAUACCCGUAUCUCCGCGAGGAGGAUCUUGAACAGGACUCAGGUGGAGGAGGGGACAUUCUUAAAUCGUUAGCCAACACCGUGGCCUCUGCCAUUAACAAAGCUCAAACCGGGACACCGAGCUGGAGUGCUUACCCCAGCAUCCACGCUGCCUAUCAGCUAUCCGGCAUCAUCAAAAACACUCCCCUCUCUGCGUCUCCCACUGCUCAGCUAAAGCAAACAUUUAACCAAAAGCUGAGGCCGAUUGCCCCGAAGGGAAAAUCGUACCAUGGUGCUGUGGGAGUGGAUGCUCCCCAGGGACAGCAUCAAAAUGUGGACAUCAAAAAAGAAAAGGCUGGCAUUAGCGAGGGUAAAGAAAGUCAGAAUUUGAAGUUUGAUCUGUUGGAGAAUGAUGACAGCGAUUGUCAGGAUGACUCUUCUUCCUCUUCAAAGCUGGAGGCAGACUGUGUGAAUGAAGAGAGUGAGACGAUCAAAGGGAAGUCGAGCCCAGAUUUCUCUGACAGAGGCAAGACACCCAGCCCCUCUGCCGGCAAUGGACGCAACGCUGCUUCAGAGGCUCCCGGCGACACUCCUGAUAUGCUUGGCAUGAACCCUCUCAGUGCACUGCAGUCAGUUUUGAACAAUCACCUGGGCAAAGCAAAUAAGCCCAGUAACAAACAUUCUACUCACACCCAGUCCAUAUUUGCCGACGUUAAUCGUAGCAGUGAGAAAUCGGCGUUAAUGCUGAGAAAUGCCACGAGAAAAAGGUCCGAUAACAGCUUUCUCUUUGUUAAUGAUGACCAACCCAUAGACCUGACUAAAUCUAAACACAGCAAAUCGGGCUCAGCUCCACUGCAGCCCUCCACCCCGAUGCCACAGAAAUACGCCCUGUCCGAUAUUGCUGACAUGGUCAAAGUUCUUCCAAAAGCCACAACGCCCAAACCCUCCAUCCCUUCAAGGAUCCCAACCAUGAAACUGGAAUCAGACGUCCGGCGCUUCGAGGACGUGUCCGCAGAGGUUUACUCGGUCCACAAGCGCAAAGGUAGACAGUCGAACUGGAAUCCUCGACAUCUCCUCAUCCUCCAAGCCCAGUUCGCCUCCAGCCUCUUCCAGACCUCUGAGGGGAAGUACCUGCUCGCAGACCUCGGCCCUCAGGAACGAAUGCACAUCUCCAAGUUCACUGGACUGUCCAUGACCACCAUCAGCCACUGGUUAGCUAAUGUAAAAUACCAACUGCGCAAAACCGGGGGGACCAAAUUUCUGAAGAACAUGGACACGGGCCACCCAGUCUUCUACUGCAAUGACUGCGCUUCCCAGUUCAGGUCGCCGUCCGGGUUCAUUUCCCACCUGGAAUCCCAUCUGGGGUUCCAAAUCAAAGACAUGUGUAAAAUGCCAGUAGAGCACCACACGAAGGUGGAGGAGCCAGAACUGUCCAAAGUCCUCAGUGUCAGAGCCACCGAGGCUCUCAUCACAGACGAGGACAUUGACUCAAAGUUCAAAUGUAAGCUGUGCUGUCGGACAUUUGCCAGUAACCACGCCGUCAAACUCCACCUGAGUAAAACCCACAGCAAAUCCCCCGACAACCAUUCACAAUACGUAGAAAUGGACAAGGAGUAGGGUUUUUAAAAAAGUACUGUCUUUUACUUUCACUUUCAAUUUCUUUUUUUUUUUUUUUUUUUUAACACACGGGUGAGACAUUUCAGCCAAUCCCCAGUCAUCGUCGUGUAUGUGCAUCACUGUCGAAACAUUUCAUGGAGAGCAGCAACAACACACUGGUUAGAAACUGUGUAAGGAAACACUAAGAGGUACUUUUUGCACCCCGCUCAAAUGCAUCACCAGUAAUGAAUCGUAUUACUGCUUGAAGAAACUUAAUGCUGAUGUUUGCAUGCAGUAGCUCUGGCUAUGACUACUAUUUAUUUGUAUGAUAUGUCAAGUUUUGAUUGUAUUUCAAAGACAAAGUAAUGAACUAAUUGUACUUCACGACUCCCCGUGAUCCACAGCCGCUGCGCUAAUGUGCAGACGUUAGCGGAGCUAGCCCGUCACACAACGACACACACAUGCCGACCUGUACAGUGUACUGCUAUGUAAAGAUGUUUUUGUGUUGCAAUGAUAUAAGAGGAAAAAAAAAAGAAGCACUUUAAUAAAUGUUUAAUCACCAGUUUAGGCUCUGAUUCUGUACAUGACUCCAAAACCACCCCACAGUUUGGGAACAAACCAUAUUCCACCUGUAAAUAUACAGUGUUUUAGAAGAAAAAAGGAAAACUUCAUCCAACGAGGACGACAUCAAGACAAAUGAUACCUGUGAUACCUGCACCUUUUUUUACUUAUUCAAAUAAAGAGUUAACAUUUGAU